CUUGCAGAUGAAGGAGGGGGAUGUCCUCAAAUUCCUUGCUGCGGGAACCCACUUAGGUGGCACCAACCUUGACUUUCAGAUGGAGCAGUACUUCUACAAAAGGAAAAGUGACGGUAUCUACAUCAUAAACCUGAAGAGGACCUGGGAGAAGCUGCUGUUCGCAGCUCGAGCUAUUGUUGUCAUCGAGAAUCCUGCUGACGUCAGCGUCAUCUCCUCCAGGAACACUGGCCAGCGAGCUAUGCUGAAGUUUGCUGCUGCCACGGGAGCCACUCCGAUCGCUGGCCGCUUCACACCUGGGACCUUCACUAACCAGAUCCAAGCAGCCUUCAGGCAGCCACGGCUUCUAGUGGUGACCGAUCCCAGGGCUGACCAUCAGCCACUCACAGAGGCCUCUUAUGUCAACCUGCCCACCAUUGCUCUGUGUAACACAGAUUCUCCCCUGUGCUAUGUGGACAUUGCCAUCCCAUGCAACAACAAGGGAGCACACUCAGUGGGUCUGAUGUGAUGGAUGCUGGCC